UGGCCGGCAGGAAUUGUCGGCAGCCAUGGGCGAGACCGAGAAGCUUUAUUAUGUUUAUAGCUGUGAUCUGGACAUCAACGUGCAGCUGAAGAUAGGAAGUCUGGAAGGGAAAAGAGAACAGAAGAGUUACAAAGCUCUCUUGGAAGAUCCAAUGCUCAAGUUCUCAGGACUGUAUCAAGAAACUUGUUCUGACUUGUAUGUAACUUGUCAGGUGUUUGCAGAAGGGAAGCCUCUUGCUCUUCCAGUUAGAACUUCCUACAAAGCUUUUAGCACUAGAUGGAACUGGAAUGAGUGGCUGAAACUGCCUGUGAAGUAUCCAGACCUGCCUCGCAAUGCACAGGUGGCUUUGACCAUCUGGGAUGUAUAUGGACCUGGUAAAGCAGUUCCUGUGGGAGGAACAACAGUCUCACUCUUUGGGAAAUAUGGUAUGUUUCGUCAAGGAAUGCAUGAUUUGAAAGUUUGGCCCAAUGUAGAAGCUGAUGGCUCAGAGCCCACCAAAACUCCUGGAAGAACCAGCAGCACAGUCUCUGAAGAUCAAAUGAGCCGCUUGGCAAAGCUCACCAAAUCUCAUCGGCAAGGUCACAUGGUGAAAGUGGACUGGCUGGACAGACUGACUUUCAGAGAAAUAGAAAUGAUCAAUGAGAGGGAAAAACGAAGUUCCAAUUUUAUGUACCUGAUGAUCGAAUUCCGUUGUGUCAAGUGUGAUGAUAAAGAAUAUGGAAUAGUUUACUAUGAAAAGGAUGGUGAUGAGUCAUCUCCAAUUUCAUCAAGUUCUGAAAUUGUUAAGAUUCCAGAUCCCCAGAUGUCUAUGGAGAAUUUAGUAGAAAGCAAACAUCACAAGCUUGCUCGAAGUUUAAGAAGCGGACCUUCUGAUCAUGAUCUGAAGCCUAAUGCAGCUACACGAGAUCAGCUGAAUAUCAUUGUGAGUUAUCCACCAACAAAGCAGCUAACAUACGAGGAACAGGAUUUAGUGUGGAAGUUCAGAUACUACCUUACUAACCAGGAAAAGGCCUUGACAAAAUUCUUAAAAUGUGUCAACUGGGACCUACCACAAGAGGCAAAGCAAGCACUUGAACUCCUGGGCAAGUGGAAGCCCAUGGAUGUGGAAGAUUCUCUGGAACUUUUGUCAUCUCAAUUCACUAACCCAACGGUUCGGCGCUAUGCUGUUGCCAGGCUUCAGCAGGCUGAUGAUGAGGAUUUACUGAUGUACCUGCUACAGUUAGUCCAGGCAUUGAAAUAUGAAAACUUUGAUGACAUAAAGAAUGGAUUGGAACCUAGCAAGCGGGACAGUCAGGGUUCAAUGGCAGAAAGUAUGACAACAUCUGGAACUAAUAGUGCAGAAAUAGACAGUUCCCAGAUCAUGAGUCCUAAUCCACCUGUUUCCUCACCACCUCUUAGUUCUAAGACAAAGGAGUUUGCAGAGAAUGAAAACCUUGAUCAAGACCUUUGUACUUUCUUGAUAUCACGAGCAUGCAAAAAUUCCACGUUGGCAAACUACUUGUACUGGUAUGUAAUAGUGGAGUGUGAAGACCAAGACACUCAGCAGAGAGAUCCAAAGACUCAUGAAAUGUACUUAAAUGUGAUGAGAAGAUUUAGUCAGGCUUUGCUGAAGGGUGAUAAGUCUGUCAGAGUUAUGCGUUCAUUGUUGGCAGCCCAGCAGACAUUUGUAGAUCGACUGGUUCACGUAAUGAAAGCAGUGCAGCGUGAAAGUGGAAAUCGUAAGAAGAAGAAUGAGAGGCUUCAGGCACUGUUAGCAGAUAAUGAAAAGAUGAAUUUAGCAGAUAUGGAACUUAUACCACUUCCUUUGGAACCUCAGGUGAAGAUUAAAGGGAUAAUCCCUGAGAAAGCUAUACUCUUCAAGAGUGCCUUAAUGCCUGCUCAGUUAUUCUUCAAGACGGAAGACGGAGGGAAGUACCCUGUAAUUUUUAAGCAUGGUGAUGAUUUACGUCAAGAUCAACUUAUUCUUCAGAUUAUUUCUCUCAUGGAUAAGCUGUUAAGAAAAGAGAACUUAGAUUUGAAGCUCACACCCUAUAAAGUGCUGGCAACUAGCACAAAACAUGGCUUCAUGCAGUUUAUUCAGUCAGUACCAGUUGCAGAAGUUCUUGCUACUGAGGAAAGUAUACAGAACUUUUUUAGAAAACAUGCACCUAGUGAAACAGGCCCUCAUGGAAUAAGUGCAGAAGUGAUGGACACAUAUGUGAAGAGCUGUGCUGGCUACUGUGUAAUCACUUACAUCCUUGGAGUUGGAGACAGACAUCUGGAUAAUCUUUUGCUAACAAAAACAGGUAAACUGUUUCAUAUUGACUUUGGCUAUAUUUUGGGUCGGGACCCUAAGCCUCUACCUCCCCCAAUGAAGCUGAAUAAGGAGAUGGUGGAAGGUAUGGGAGGCACGCAGAGUGAACAGUACCAGGAAUUCCGUAAGCAGUGCUAUACAGCCUUUCUUCAUCUCCGCAGGUACUCCAACCUGAUCUUGAACUUAUUUUCUCUUAUGGUGGAUGCCAACAUACCAGAUAUUGCUCUCGAACCUGACAAGACUGUAAAAAAGGUGCAAGACAAGUUUCGUUUGGACCUGUCUGAUGAAGAAGCUGUGCAUUACAUGCAGAGUCUAAUUGAUGAAAGUGUCCAUGCCCUCUUUGCAGCUGUGGUGGAGCAGAUACACAAAUUUGCACAGUAUUGGAGAAAAUAAACCUUUUGCCUGCCUAUGGUGGAAACAAGCAAAUGCUCAAGAGACUUUCUCAAUCCCUUGUGGACUUCACAAGCAGUUUUGAAAGGCAAAAGCUGCAGGUCUGAUAACGUGAAAAACUGAGUUCUCGGGAGCUUUCUGAGUCUUUCUGAAACCUCACUGAAGCUUUCAAAACAACCAUUUUUUAAAAGAAAAUGGUUUUUUAUACUGUCUUUGGAGCUCAGAUGCUGCGGAAUUUCUUUUCACUGAAAACAUUCAAGCUUCAAAGGUUGUAGUAAGCAACUUCCUCUCAAGCCAAAGAUAACUGGAAGAGGUUGGAUUUGAUGGUAAAUUCUUGUACCUAUUAAU